AUGUGCCUCAUCAGCCCUCAACAGAAGGUUCGGCUCUCACAGGCCGGGAACAAGGCUAUCUCAGAUCUCCUGGUAGGGGAGCCCCCUCCCCAUCAGGCUGGACCUGCUCAGCGUCCAGCCGCCGCGGGGGCGGCUUCCGCCACCGUGGAGGAGGCGGCAGCGGCGGCAGCAUUAGCGGCCGUGAUUCGGCCGUUGGCAGAUGCUGAGGUUUACGACUUCGGGGGGCAGCCCGUGACCUUCCUGGUUGAUACUGGUGCCGAACAUUCAGUCCUAACUCAUGCCGGAGUGCCUCUUAGUCGGCAUUCUGCACUGGUGCAGGGGGCAACUGGAAACAAGAGAUAUUAUUGGACUAUCGAGAGAAAAGUUCAACUGGCUUCAGGGCAAGUAACUCACUCCUUUCUGCACAUACCUGAAUGCCCUCCGCUGUUAGGACGGGACCUACCAACCAAAUUAAAGGCGCAAAUCUAUUUUGAUGAGAAGGGACCGAGGGUCAGGGGUCCUAAAGGAGACCCUAUACAAAUCUUUGCCCUCAAUUUAGAGGAAGAAUACCGUUUGUUUGAGUCAGAACCCCCGGAGAAAUCACCUGAGGAGCUACAGAACUGGUUGAGAGAGUUUCCUCGCGCCUGGGCAGAGACUGGGGGCCUGGGGUUGGCACGCGAUCAGCCACCGCUGAUGAUCUCAUUAAAGGCCUCCUCGACUCCCGUUUCAAUCCGACAAUACCCAAUGUCACGGGAAGCUCAUGAGGGAAUCCAACCCCAUAUCCGGAGGCUCCUGGACCAAGGGGUACUGAAGCCCUGUCAGUCCCCAUGGAACACCCCUCUUUUGCCUGUUAGGAAACCAGGGACAGGGGACUAUAGGCCAGUCCAGGAUUUGAGAGAGGUCAAUAAGCGAGUGGAGGACAUACACCCCACGGUGCCUAACCCUUACAACCUCCUGAGUACCCUCCCACCGACGCACGUCUGGUACACGGUAUUAGACCUGAAAGAUGCCUUCUUCUGCUUGAGACUGCACCCUAAAAGCCAACUACUGUUUGCUUUUGAAUGGAGAGAUCCAGAGCAGGGACUCUCGGGACAGCUGACCUGGACCUGGCUCCCUCAAGGCUUCAAAAAUAGCCCAACCCUCUUUGAUGAGGCCCUGCAUGCAGAUCUGGCUGGGUUCCGAGUCGAGCAUCCAACCCUGACCUUGCUCCAGUACGUAGAUGACUUACUCCUGGCAGCCAGGAGUCAGGUCGAGUGCCUAGAGGGCACUCGGGCUUUACUGGCCAGGCUUGGACAGAAGGGCUACAGAGCCUCGGCCAAAAAGGCACAAAUUUGCCGAGACAAGGUUACUUACCUGGGCUACACCCUGACUGGGGGGCAGAGAUGGUUGACGGAGGCAAGGAAAGAGACAAUACUCUCCAUUCCCCCUCCUCGUAGCCCCCGCCAAGUACGGGAAUUCCUGGGUACGGCUGGGUACUGCCGCUUAUGGAUCCCCGGGUUCGCCGAAUUGGCCGCCCCCCUAUAUCCCCUCACUAGACCAGGGGUAAUGUUCCAAUGGGGAGAGGAACAGCAGGAGGCAUUCCAACGGAUCAAACAGGCCUUACUUGAGGCCCCGGCUCUGGGUCUGCCAGAUAUUACCAAGCCGUUUGAACUGUUUGUAGAUGAGAACUCGGGUUAUGCUAAAGGGGUACUGGUGCAAAAACUGGGACCUUGGAAGAGACCUGUAGCAUACUUGUCUAAGAAGUUAGACCCCGUGGCCACAGGAUGGCCUCCCUGCCUCCGCAUGGUGGCAGCCAUUGCAGUUCUACUCAAGGAUGCCGGGAAACUGACCCUAGGCCAGCCCCUGACUGUACUGGCCUCCCAUGCCGUGGAGGCCUUGGUCCGACAACCGCCAGAUAGAUGGCUUUCCAACGCCAGGAUGACUUAUUACCAGGCCUUACUCCUGGACUCAGACCGGGUCACGUUCGGACCCAUAGUCUCCCUUAACCCUGCCACCUUGCUGCCGCUGCCUAGCCCAUCUAUAGAGCAUGAUUGCCUCCAGAUUUUGGCCGAGGCACAUGGCACCCGCCCUGACCUGACGGAUCAGCCGCUUAAGAACUCAGACGUCGUCUGGUACACAGAUGGGAGCAGCUUCCUGGAAGGAGGAGAACGCAGGGCCGGGGCAGCUGUCACCACUGAGUACGAAGUGAUAUGGGCCUCGGCCCUCCCGCCUGGGACUUCGGCCCAGCGGGCGGAACUGAUCGCCCUCACCCAGGCCCUUCGGAUGGCAGAAGGUAAGAAGCUCACCAUGUAUACAGAUAGCAGAUACGCCUUUGCCACUGCACAUGUCCAUGGUGAAAUCUACCGGCGGAGAGGCCUGCUAACAUCCGCAGGUAAGGAGAUCAAGAACAAGAAAGAAAUCCUGGACCUCCUGAAGGCCCUGUUUCUUCCGCUCCAGCUUAGUAUUGUCCACUGCCCAGGGCACCAAAGAGACAACUCCAAAAUAGCCAAGGGAAACCGGCUGGCGGAUUUGACCGCCCGGACAGUGGCAUCCCAGCCAACAGGGAGUAGCCAGUUAAUGGCUAUACAGGACACCCCGGAGCCUCCUCCGCCCGGGAGAGAGCCCAUGCCAUACAGCCCCGAGGACCAUGAGCUAGCAAAGAAAAUGGGGGCGGACUGCGACCCGCAGAGGCAAGCCUAUAUAUUAGGGGAUCGGGUGGUCAUGCCAACCUCCCAUACCUGA